AUGCUGUUCCGUCUGGUGUGCUCGUUGGAGAAGAAACCUCAGCGCGAACGCACAGAAGAGGAUAUCACAGGAUAAAAGUGCUGUAACAGUUACACAUUUGUAGUUGGACUUCCUGCAUCACAAAGUUCUUGCUCGGCAUGCCAAAGAAAACCUGUGAAGUAGAUGAGCAGAGGACUAUAAGGGAAAACACGCAUCAUGAAAUGAGGUUGGCAAGCAUUAUUUUCUGGUCUUCCAUGACAGAGGUGGUCUGUCUUACUUGUCCUCUCCUAUCAGAGUGUGUAACCGUAUUACGCUUUUUUCUCACGAUAGAGGACCUUCGCAAAAUACAAUCAUACAGAGACAAGUUCAUUCGGAAUUUCCAGGGACUCUAUGGCAAAGGCGGGGCGGGUAUGGAUCACCCAAGAGUGCCGCACCUCGUCCAUCGUUCACUCUCAGCCACAUCAGUGACUGGGCACUCGGAAACCGAAUAUGGGAGAGUCAGGAUUGAAAUUGUCAGAGUUGAUGUUGAUAGUUUGCC